GCCCAAUCGCCGUUAUUCUUCCUUCCCUCCUAGUGGACGACCCUAGGCCAUCGUAUACGCGACUUUACUCGCCCCUUAGAACGUCUUUGCUCUUUACCGACCAUUGGUUUUAUCGCCUGUGAUGAGUCCUCAAGGAAUUACCCGCAAGAGACCUGCGCCUGGCACAUCCCCGAUCGUCCAUCCUCAGCUGGGCCCAUUAUCCAAUUACCCUCAGAACCCCGGAAACCAACUCUCCAACGACCAGUUUCUGCAAUGGGGUCAGACCUCCUCGAACGUGUCCAGUCCCUCCUUCCCUGAUUCCAACCCCUACAGCGCUGCUGCCUACACAUCCAGCCCGGACGUGCCUGCGGCCAAUGUUACUGCUGCUGCUCCGGGGCAGCUUGCGCGUCGUCAAACCCCAACUCAACUGGUGAAUCGCGGCCGAGGAUAUGAACAAACACCACCUUUCUCCGAUCAUAGUACUGGGACUGGAGAAAACGGGGGAUGGGGGGAGAGCCUGGAGGACCUAUAUAAGCGCGCGAUGGUUGCGAAGAGGGAGGCACAGGCCAAGCGGAAGCAGAUCCCUCCAUUUGUGCAAAAGCUGAGCAGUUUUCUGGACGAGUCGAAGAACACUGAACUUAUCCGAUGGUCUGAUGAUGGAAACUCUUUCAUCGUUAUGGAUGAAGAUGAGUUUGCGAAGACCCUCAUUCCGGAGCUGUUCAAACACAACAACUACGCCUCUUUCGUUCGCCAGCUGAACAUGUACGGCUUUCACAAGAAGGUUGGGCUGUCGGACAAUUCGAUGCGUGCUAGCGAGCGGAAGAACAAGAGCCCGAGCGAAUACGCCAACCCCUACUUCAAGCGCGGGCAUCCUGACCUGCUAUGGUUGAUUCAGAAGCCCAAAAACACGGCGGGUCAGGGUAGCAAGUCUGGGAAGACAAACGUGCGUGUGAAGACCGAGGAAGCGGAGGACCAGGACCACGACGACUACGGGGAUGAUGGCAUUGGAUCUCGAGAUGACCGUGCGCGCAACCGCCAAUUGUCUCUCAUCACGAACAAUGUCAUGCCCAAAGACCAAUUGGCAGGCGUGUAUCGAGAGCUGCAAGCUAUCCGGCAGCAACAACAGAUCAUUUCCAACACCAUCAGCAAACUACGGCGCGAGCACGAGCAACUGUACGCGCAGGCGGCCAACUUCCAGGAGCAGCAUACGCGGCACGAGAACUCGAUAAAUGCCAUCCUCACUUUCCUAGCAACUGUCUACAACCGCAGUCUGCAAGGGCAGGAGGGACCGCAGAAUCUGGCGAACUCAUUCGCGGGAGCUAUUUCCCAAGACCAAGGCAACGUUGUCGACAUGGGGGACGAGUAUACGCUGAGCACCUUAGGUGAUCUGAAUAGCCCUGGUGGACAACGGUCAAUGAAGAAGCAACCCCUCUUGCUGAAAGCCCCCCCGGGGGCUGACCGGCAGAGCCGUGCGACAACAUUGUCCCCUGCUGCCACCGCCUAUGACCGCUCACAACCGCGUGGCCAUGGCCGGCAGCCGAGUGCGUCGCAACCCGGCCAUGUCGAGGAGGUGUUUGACACGAGCCCGCGGCAAAAAGAGGCGGCGGUGCCAGCGAAUCAACAGUUCCCACAACGGGAUAUUAUGUCUGUGAUUCAGAACUCCAAUGCGCGCAACGGCAUGCCAACGACGUUCGCCGACUUCCCUAAUGUGCUGUCAUCCCUCGAAACAUCCGGAGGAAACUCGCCACUCACCCCCAACCAGCGUGCAGAUAUGCUCCGUCUGAUGGCCAACGAGAGCAAUUCCAGCGGCACCAGCCCGCCGGUGUCUCAAAAUAACGCGCUGAUGACCCCGACGCCACCGCCGAUGCCACACAACUACUCGGGGCGGCUGGCCAAUACCCGCGCGGAGAUCGACAACCUGGUGAAGAUGCAAGCGGAGCAAGACCGUUCCGUGCAGAACCUGACCAACCUGCUUCAACCCUUGAGCCCUACAGGCACCAUCCCUGGCAUUGGCACUGACGGCAGCGUCCCCCCUCCCCCACUAAACCUUGAUGAGAUCUUCACCAACGACUACUUCACGGACAUUGGAGACCUCGAGCAUAAUAAAAACAGCUUAGAUUUCGGCGACUCGUCGCACUCGGUACCGGUCACAGCAUCAGCCGACCCAACGGCGACGACCGGUCCCGAGGACGGCGUGAUCAAAGAUGCCACCGAGCUGUUCGAUUUCGACCAGAUCCCAGCAGAGGGUGAUAUCUUCAGCGGAGCCAACCCGCAGUCGACGGCCGGGUACUACAACGGAUACGAGGGCAGCGGUUAUGGAACCAACGCAAUGAGCUCGGGAGUCGGCGCGGAUGCACAAAUCCCCAUCAACCACGAGACCAAUCGCAUCGAGGCACUUCCAGACAGCGAGAGCACCAGCCCGGCCAACACGGUGGAUGAUGGCUUGCAGUAUGGCGGGUCCGAAACUAACGAUUCUCAGGGAGGUAAGGGCAAUGGCGGCGGCGCGAAGCGGCGCAAGAAGGCUUGAUUUUUUAUUAUUUUCAUUCUGCUUGAUGACAUUACUAACGGGGCUGUGUGUCUGCGGAAGGCAAUAUCAAGAGCCAACCUUGGAAUUACGAAUACGAAUAAAAGCUUAAACUUUACAUUUGUCUUGCCUUUUCUUGAAUGAGGUAUAUCGCUGCAUAUAAUCCCCCAUACCCAUACCUAUACCCAUGCCUACCUACCCCUUAUCAUAUGAACUCGUCAAUUCCCCUCUCCCUUCUUCUGCAUGAUUUCAAA